ACCAUGAACCUCCAGGCCCAGCCCAAGGCUCAGAACAAGCGGAAGCGUUGCCUCUUCUUCGGGGACCAGGAGUCAACUCCCAAGGAACAGCCCCCACCGCUGCAGGCCCCACAGCAGGCCCCAGCCCCUACACAGUCCACCCGAGUGAAGGAGGAACCGUACUUUGGGCACGAAGGUUCAUCGGGGGGCAUCCCCACCUCUCAGCCUGUGGAUCUGCCCCCGCCCAACAGCCUGACCCUGCUGAACUCCGUGGUGUAUGGGUCUGAGCGGACCACAGCUGCCAUGCUGUCCCAGCAGGUGGGCUCAGUCAAGUGGCCCAGCGCAGUGAUGGCUCCGGGGCGAGGGCCAGAGCGGGGAGGUGGAGGUGUCAGUGACAGCGGCUGGCAGCAGCAGCCAGGCCAGCCUCCGCCUCAUUCCACCUGGAACCGCCACAGCCUGCCGCUCUACAGUGGACCGAAGGGGAGCCCUCAUCCUGCCAUGGGGGUCUCUACCUACUAUAACCACCCUGAGGCGCUGAAGCGGGAGAAAGGGGGUGGCCCACAGCUGGACCGCUAUAGGAACACAGUGCAGCCCAUGAUGUCGCAGAAGGUGCAAAUGGAGGUUGGGCGGCCACAGGCCCCCCUCAACUCUUUCCAUUCAGCCAAGAAGCCCCCAAACCAGACAUUACCCUUGCAGCCCUUCCAGCUGGCCUUCGGCCACCAGGUGAACCGGCAGGUCUUCAGGCAGGGCCCUCCACCCCCCAACCCCGUCGCAGCCUACCCUCCCCAGCAGCAGCAGGCAGCCCUGCCCCAGAUGCAGCUCUUUGAAAACUUCUAUCCCAUGCAGCAGCCGCCGGCCCAGCAACCCCAGGACUUUGGCCUGCAGCCAGCCGGGCCGCUGACACAGUCCCACCUGGCUCACCACAGCAUAGCCUCCUACCCUUUCCCUCCCAACCCCGAUAUGAACCCAGAACUGCGAAAGGCCCUCUUGCAGGACUCAGCCCCACCAUCUGUGCUACCUCAGGCCCAGAUCCCCUUCCCCCGCCGCUCCCGCCGCCUCUCUAAGGAGGGGGUCCUGCCACCCACUGCCCUGGAUGGGGCUGGCACCCAGCCUGGGCAGGAGCCCGCCAGCAACCUGUUCCUUCAUCACUGGCCCCCACAGCAGCCGCCCCCUGGCCCCCUGGUGCAGCCUCAUCCUGAAGCGCUGGGGUUCCCCAUAGAGCCAAGGGAGUCACAGCUGCUGCCUGAUGGGGAGAGACUGGCCCCCAACGGCCGGGAGCGGGAGGCUCCCAUCCUGGGCACCGAGGACGGCAUGCGGGUAAUGGGCUCGGGGGACUGUGGGCAGCUGCUCCGAGGCGGGGUGAUCCAGAGCACACGACGAAGACGCCGGGCAUCCCAGGAGGCCAACCUGCUGACCCUGGCCCAGAAGGCGGUGGAGCUGGCCUCGAUGCAGAGUACAAAGGAUGCCAAUGGCUCAGAGGAGAAGAGGAAAAGUGUAUUGACCUCAACUACCAAGUGUGGGGUGGAAUUUUCUGACCCUUCCUUGGCCGCCAAGCGAGCACGGGAGGACAGUGGGAUGGUCCCCCUCAUCAUCCCAGUGUCUGUGCCUGUGAGGACUGUGGACCCCGCCGAGGCGGCCCAGGCUGGAGGUGCUGAGGAGGAUGGGCAGGGCCCGGAGCAGAACCCCACUGAACACAAGCCGUCGGUCAUCGUCACCCGCAGGCGGUCCACCCGGAUACCCGGGACUGAUGGCCAACCUCAGGCCGAAGACAUGAGCAUCAAGGGGGAGGGGGAGCCAUCAGUGCGGAAGCCAAAGCAGCGGCCCAGACCUGAGCCCCUGAUCAUCCCCACCAAGGCGGGCACCUUCAUCGCCCCACCUGUCUACUCCAACAUCACCCCGUACCAGAGCCACCUGCGCUCUCCUGUCCGCCUAGCCGACCACCCCUCUGAGCGGAGCUUCGAGCUACCCCCUUACACACCACCCCCCAUCCUCAGCCCCGUGCGGGAAGGCUCAGGCCUCUACUUCAAUGCCAUCAUAUCAGCCAGCAGCAUCCCAGCCCCUCCUCCCAUCACGCCAAAGAGUGCUCAUCGCACGCUGCUCCGAUCUAACAGUGCUGAGGUCACCCCACCCGUCCUGUCUGUGAUGGGAGAGGCCACCCCAGUCAGCAUCGAGCCACGGAUCAAUGUGGGCUCCCGGUUCCAGGCGGAAAUCCCCACGCUGAGGGACCGCUCCCUGGCAGCUGCGGACCCUCACAAGGCUGACUUGGUGUGGCAGCCGUGGGAGGAGUUGGAGAGCAACAGGCAGAAGCAGAGACAAGUGGAAGACCUGCUGACCGCUGCCUGCUCCAGCAUUUUCCCAGGUGCUGGCACGAACCAGGAGCUGGCCCUGCACUGCCUGCACGAGUCCAGGGGAGACAUCCUGGAAACGCUCAAUAAGCUGCUAUUGAAGAAGCCCUUGCGACCCCGCAACCACCCACUGGCAACGUAUCACUACACAGGUUCUGACCAGUGGAAGAUGGCAGAGAAGAAGCUGUUCAACAAGGGCAUUUCUAUCUACAAGAAGGAUUUCUUCCUAGUGCAGAAGCUGAUCCAGACCAAGACUGUGGGCCAGUGUGUCGAGUUCUACUACACCUACAAGAAGCAAGUGAAAAUCGGCCGCAAUGGGACUCUGAUCUUCGGGGAUGUGGAUACAAGCGACGAGAAGUCAGCCCAGGAAGAUGUGGAAGUGGAUGUUAAGACAUCCCAGAAGUUCCCAAGGGUGCCUCCUGCCAGAAGAGAGUCCCCAGGUGAAGAGAGACUGGAGCCCAAGAGAGAAGUGAAGGAGACCAGGAAAGAGGGGGAGGAGGAGGUGCCAGAGACCCAAGAGAAAGGGGAGCAGGAAGAAGGGCGAGAUCGGAGCCGGCGGGCAGCAGCCGUCAAAGCCACACAGACACUACAGGCCAAUGAGUCGGCCAAUGAUAUCCUCAUCCUACGAAGCCACGAGUCCAAUGCCCCUGGGCCUGCUGGUGGCCAGGCCUCGGAGAAGCUGAGGGAGGGGCCAGGGAAGUCACGGAGGGCACUACCAUUUUCAGAGAAGAAGAAAAAACCAGAGACCUUUAAUAAGACUCAGAAUCAAGAGAACACUUUCCCCUGUAAAAAGUGUGGCAGGUAA